AUGGCCGCCGCUACUCUCUCAGCUGGCAAGAGCCUUGUCGCCGCCCAGUCCUCAGGGCUCAUGGGCGCCAAGGUGCAGAAGGUGUCCAGCGUUAAGGUCGCUGCCGCUCCCGCCAGGCGUUACCCCAAUGUCGUGGCUACCUCACGUGUGGACCAGUUCAGCAAGUCCGACAUCAUCGUCUCCCCUUCUAUCUUGUCAGCUAACUUCGCCAAGCUUGGCGAGCAGGUUAAGGCAGUCGAUGAGGCCGGCUGCGACUGGAUCCACGUUGACGUCAUGGACGGUCGCUUCGUCCCCAACAUCACCAUCGGCCCUCUUGUCGUCGAUGCCCUUCGCCCCGUCACCGAGAAGCCCCUUGAUGUCCACCUUAUGAUCGUGGAGCCUGAGCUUCGCGUUCCCGACUUCAUCAAGGCCGGAGCCGAUAUCGUCAGCGUCCACGCCGAAGUUGCUGCUACCAUCCACCUGCACCGCUCCCUCAAUCAGAUCAAGGAUCUCGGCGCCAAGGCGGGCGUUGUUCUGAACCCAGGGACGCCUCUUUCCGCGAUCGAGUACGUCCUCGAUGUUGUUGACCUGGUGCUCAUCAUGUCGGUCAACCCCGGCUUUGGUGGCCAAAGCUUCAUCGAGAGCCAAGUGAAGAAGAUCGCCGACUUGAGAAAAAUGUGCCUGGAGAAGGGUGUUAACCCAUGGAUUGAGGUUGAUGGUGGUGUCACUCCUGCCAACGCCUACAAGGUCAUCGAGGCUGGUGCUAAUGCCCUGGUUGCUGGCUCAGCUGUGUUCGGAGCCAAGAGCUACAAGGAUGCAAUCCAUGGCAUCAAGACCAGCAAGCGCCCUGUUACUGUUGCUGCCUGA